ACCACUUCCCGUUCGAAGGAGGAAAUGGGCGUUUCGUGUCGGCAUUAGUUUUGAGCUGCGCUGCUCGCCGUACUACACGGUAACCAUAGUAACCGGAGUACGCGCUCAAACUCGGAGCUAACAGAGAGAUGUUGGACGAUUAAUGUUGUUUUAAUUACUUUUAUUUAGACUUUUGAUACUAAAAAACAACCGGGUUUCAUUUAUUUAAGUUAUCAUUAGUGUUAGCUUGUUGUCAUUAGCUGCAGAUAGAAGUAAACUGCAGCCAUUUUAAAUGUUUUAAACUGAUCAGUGAGUGACUUCUGUUCAUUGAUUAGCUAACGACACCAGCAGGAAUCAAACGUUGAACCGACGAUGUUCGUGUUUUCUGCUGAAGUGAGAAGCUGAAGGGAAGAAAGUUCUUCGUUUUUUCUUUUGCAAAUGGAUUCAGUUGUGAACAGAAGAAAACCGGUGAUUCCUGUGAUCAGAGCAUCAGACAGGAGCCAAAACAUCCAGCAGGUCAGUGCUCAAAGUCUUGAACUCACUAAGGUGAUUCGACUCCUUGAAGAUCCUUUGACAGCUAACCUGAAGGAGAGGCACCUUUUUGUCCUGAAGAAGCUCCUGAAGAGAAGCCACGUCGGCUUUCUGCUGAAGGAGCUGACAGGCAUAGCCAAAAUACUCAACAUCUGUGCUGAGAAAGUGAAGGAUCACCCUGAGUAUGUGUCCAUUUUGAAUGAGGCACUUAAAAUUUGUAGGCUUCCCUUCCUGAAGGAGAAAGCAUCUGAUGAGGCGACCUACGCUCAGGACGUCAUAGAGUUCCUCUCCCACAUGGGGUGUCUGAUGAGGGUGUCAGAUGCUGCAGUGAGACAGCAGAUAGUUGAAUCUGUGAAAUCAUUCUACAGCUCUGUGGCUCCUAAACAGCAGCCUGACGGGCUCCAGUCGACCUCUCCAGGCUACAGGCUGCAGCUGCUGGAGCUCAGUGACCUGGCUCAGACGCUGCUCCUCUCCAUGGCCACGCUACAGAACCAGCCCGCCAUCAAGCUGCAGCUCCUGCAGACCCUUCAGAUCCUGUCAGGCUCCUCUGAUAUGAACUGUGCCUUAAUUCUGAAUGCACACGGAGCAGAGACGAUCUGUCUUCACAUGAACGAGCCCGACCCGUCCGGUCAGGUCCUGUUCUGCUCCUCUGAAAUCCUCUGGAACCUGCUGGAGAGAGGCAGGAAGGACGAGGUCACCGCUCAGCUCAGCAGCAUGGAGUGUGUUGUAUCUCUGAAAGAAGCGUUUUUUCACCUGCUGAUGAACGGCUUCCAACACGCUGACCUCCAACUCAGAAACGAUCUUCUCGUGAUCACAACUCUCAUCGCUGAAAAUCCCAACUCUCUGCUCAUUGAGAGUUUAUUUGCCAAACAGUUGAUGGGUUUAGUCACAUUUCCAGAGUUGAAAACUCAAAACCCUCUGGUUCGCAACCUGAAGCUCAGCUACAGCAACGAGGAUCUGAAAAUGAAGAAGCUGCUGUUGAACCUGUUGGUUUUAAUGUCAAAGGAUUUUUCUGCGCUGCAGCUCUAUAAAGAAGAGCAGGUUAUGUUGGCUCUGCUGAUGCUCGUGAAGCCGCUCGCUGCCUCGUCCGAGCGCCGCUCCGGUCUGCGUCACUGGUCCUCCGUCCAGCAGGAAGAGCUGCAGCUGCAGGCGCUCGCCACCCUCGCAACCAUCGCUCCACUCAUGUUGGACAACUACAUGUCAUGUCAAGGGAACGCGUGUCUGCUGCUGCUGCUGGACUGGUGCAUUGGGCAAGAUGCUUUCUUUGGUCAGGGUCACGGUUUCCAUGGCGCCGGAGGCAGAGGGAGUAAAAAGGCUCAGAUGCGACACUGUAUCCGAGUCCUCAGAUCUGUGACGUCUUCAGGUGAAGAGUCGAUCAACCAGGACCUUUGUGAUCAGGGAACCAUCAAUCAGCUUCUGGGGGUUUUGAUGCAGAUGGAGGCGAGUCCUGAUGAGGAGGAUGACAUCACACUGGAGAUAAAGUCAGACAUUCAGCUCAUACUGUCGGCGCUGUGUGAGGCCGACAUGCACAGGAAGGAGCUGUUCGGGUCGGAGGGAGUUGAGAUGACACUUCAUUUCCUGAGGAAAGGCUCCGACAGGUUCUACAGCGGCCUGGGACACAACAAGCUGCUCCUCUCCACGGUCGACUGUGUGUGGUCCUGUGUUGUGGGCUGCUACACCACUGAAGAUUUCUUCCUGGUGAGAGAAGGAGUUUCUCUUCUGCUGGACUUACUCACUUGGAGCCCCAGGUGUGUGCACGGCAUCGUCCUCGCCACCCUGCUGGAGUUAUGUGACAACGCCAACACCCCGUCUCACAUCCUGAGCUGGAGGGAUGAUGGAGGUCAGACGGCUCCCAGACUCCUGCUGCAGCUGUGGAGGCGGGAGGAGGAGGAGCUGGGCGUCGGCCGGAACCAGCACGGAGAGAUUACAGAUCCCCAGAAGCCGAUCCUCAGUCACCACCAGCAGGAGAACACUCAGCCGCCACUUCCUGCUAACAGAGCGAGCGCGGCGGUGCUGGAGAUAUCAGAGAACCUGCGCUCCAAGAUUUACUCCAUCUUCUGCAAACUUGGUUUUCAGGAGCUGCCCGGGCUGUCGACUAAAGAUUAUGUGACUUUGAGCAUCGUCAGGAGAUAUCUGGACUUUAAGGUGGGCGAGGUGUGGGACGAGAUCAGCAGGGAGCUGAGUGUGGACGGCGUGAGGCCGGUCAGUCCUGACCAGGAGAGUCUGAGCACCAUCUGUAAGAUGGCAGAGGACACUGCCAAGAAGGUCACAGCCGAGCAAAGCAGCUUCCUGGAGCGACAGGAGAAGGAGAACGUCAGCGAGGAGCAGCUCAUGUACACGGAGUUAAAGUCUCAUUGGAAGCAGCUGGAGCUCACAGCGAAGUCAUGGAACAAUUACGUUUCCAAAACUUCAAACUAUGAAAUCCUGAAGGAAGUAAAAGCAGAGAGGAAGAAACACAUUGAAUCAUCCAGACCCAAAGAGAAGCUGGAGGCUGCUGCAGCUCAUCCUGAAGAGAACUUCAUGGGGCAGGUCUUGGCGGUGGAGCCCGCAGGAGCUCAGGGACCUGCAGGAGUGAAGGUGACUCUGGCCAGAGCUGCGAUCAGGGCUGCGGGUCCGGACCACGUGGAACCAGCGACACAAGACCCAGAAUACUUCAGCACCGUAUCUGUCAAAGACUGACACUGGUUCAGUACCAGCCCUUUAUAUUAUUGUUGCACUUUUAUCUUAUAGUUGUUUUAUUUAUAUCAAUAACAGACCAGAGAUAAGAUGCAUCCACAUAUUUAUUUAUAUUUAUACUGUUCACUUCAAUAUUUCCAUAUACUGAAGUGAAUCGGCAGCAAACGCCGACAUGACGUCACUUGAUGUGAACAAUCAGCACCUUGUAGUCUAGACACACACACACACAUACACAUACACACAUACACACAAACACACGCACACACACAUAUACACACAUACACACAAACACACGCACACACACAUACACACACAUACAUACAUACACAUACACACACACACAUACACACACACACACACACACACAUACACACACACAUACACAAACACACACACACAUACACACACACACAUACACACACACAUACACAAACACACACAAACACACACACACACAUACACACACACACACACACAUACACACACACACACACAAACAGCUGCAGUAAACUAAUUGUCAGAUGAGCAGUGCAGCUGUUAAAAUUCAUGUAUAAUAAAUUAAUAAAAUAGCAAGAAUGAUGAGCUGUUAACGUUUGUAAACACUAAACAUUUAUAACACAUUGUUAUAACACAUUGUUAUAACACAUUGUUAUAACAA